AUGGCAUUCUACGAGAUUCUAUACACUAUGAAAGUGCAUAGCCAAGAAUGUAGUACAGACUUUGAUUGUGAAGAACUGUUUUCAUGUAUAGACUACAAAAAUAGUGGCAAAAAGUGUCUUUGUCGAGAUGGUUUAUAUUAUACACAAACCAGCGGAUGUACUCCAAUUACACAGCUCCAAGUACAAACUCCAUCUGUACAAAGUAGAACAACCAGCUCCAUCUACAUAACCUGGUCAAUAAACGCUGGAAUCCCUGCCAAUGUCAAUUAUAAAAUACAAGUUGGCUCUUUAGCCCCAAUUACAGCAAGUUCUACUGGUGGAGAUGUCACUGGUCUAAGUCCUGGACAACAAUACACCUUGUGGAUCGUUUCUACGCUUCCUGCAAACAGUUACUAUCCUGAUCUAAAUACAAAUGUUUCAGUUGCAUUUUGGACUUCAGGUGAAGAGGUAAACUACACAGCACUAGCCAUUGGUUUAGGAAUUGGACUUCCAUGUAUUAUUAUUAUAAUCAUUGUUGCUGCUAUAUGUAUAAAUCGACACCUCAGAAACAAGAAGUUAGAAGCUAUGAGGAGACAAGAACCUCGCUACAACACACCAAGCAGAACUUUUCAAGAUGAUCACCUUUAUGGUGUGUCUAAUGAAAACAUGACCCCAGUUAUCAGUGAACCAGAUCAAGUCAGCCAGCCAGCAAGAAAUGGAGAUGAUGGAGAUGUCUAUGAUGAAAUACCCGACUACAUUAAUUAA